UUCACAUUUUCGUACCACUCCUGGCCUACCCCAGAAUCGGCCCUGUCCAAAUCAAGGAUAAGGUUUCCCACAUAUGAUUCUUUAAAUCUCGCUUAACAGACAGUCACUUACUGAAAUCGGGAUAAUGAAAUCAUGGAGCAAAAAUCUUUAAUUUGAAAAAGGAUCUUCACAGAGUAUAGACAACCCUUAGCAGUGACUUACUUUGGGGUGUCCUUAAUGAUGCUAUACCUGCCCAUAGCUACCCUAAAAGAUCUGAUUUGGAUCUUCUUCAGAGAAAAUACUGCUACCCAGUUGUACAAUAGGAGCUUCUUCCUUGGAUUCCUUGGAAGGUUUUGCAUAUCUCCAAAGGCUGAUGAAACACGAGAUAAUACUGAUGACUAUAUCGUUUGCAGUCUGAUUACAGAUAAACAUGUAAAUGAAGAGGACAGACCCUGGCCGUUAAGGUAUAAGGAUGAAGAUGAUGAACAAAUGAACAUGCUUGAAAAAGGUUCUGAGCUGAAUAAAUGGGAAAUUCUCAAGUAUAGCCUCUGUUUGACUCCCAUAUGGUUUUUUACUGAGUACUCGUCAAACUUGGCUUUAGCAAAUACAAGUGUGGCAAGCACCACGAUUUUAACAUCUACAUCAGGACUGUUUGCGCUUUUCUUUGGAGCUUUGUUUGGCCAAGACUCGAUAACCUCUGUGAAAACGAUUGCUGUUUUCAUUAGUAUGGCUGGUGUUUUCCUAACCACAUUUGGCAAAACUUGGGCACCAGAUCAAAUACUGAAUGCCUCUGAGGAAAGAUUGCACACUAUCACAGGUGACAUUUACGGCCUUCUUUCAGCUAUGUUAUAUGGACUAUUUACAGUCUUACUCAAGAAAUAUUGUGGAUCAGAAGGAAACAAAGCUGAUGUGCAAAAGCUCUUUGGAUACAUCGGUCUGUUUACUUUUAUUUGCUUCUGGUGGCUCGGUAAAAACACAUCGUGGCCACUCGAUCUUGUGGGCUUAGAGCCUAAAUUUGAGCUUCCAAAUUCAUCAACAAGGGAAAUCGUGCUAGUAAAUGGUGUUGUUGGAAGGUUUGUGUCGGAUUAUAUUUGGGCGGUUUCAGUGGUUUGGACAAACCCGCUUGUUGCAAGUCUAGGCAUGACAUUAACGAUACCCCUAGCAAUGGUCGCUGACAUAGUUAUCCACAGUCGUCAUUACUCUCUCAUCUAUAUCCUCGGAUGCAUUCAGGUGCUUGCAGGUUUUGUGUUAGCUAACAUAUCAGACAAGUUUACAUUAGACAGAAAUGCUUGACAUUUUGUCAAAAAGCAGGCAUUCCAUUGGAGACAGAAAUUCCAAUACCUGAAAUCUAAUACAAAGAAUGUAAUAAUACAAACGAACCUUGAAAUUUACAGAGUGAUUAGGGAAUGUAAUAAUCUUUUGUUUUGGCUUUUCUAUAUCUAUCGACCAAUAACCCAAUUAACUA